AUGUCGUACAAAUCAUCUUAUUUCCGAUGCCUUGAACAUCGAUUAUCAGCAUUACGUGAGGAUGUGGACGAUCAAGAAACAUUACAUACGUUCAAUCAUGAAAUGCCGCCAGAAACAUUACAAUCACUUGUUGAACAAGGAAAAACAACAUCAUUUAUUUUCUCAAUUAAAAAUCGAGUAGGAGGUUUAGCAAGAGCCCUUAAAGUAUUUCAGGAAAACGGCAUCAAUGUUGUACACAUUGAAUCUCGUCGUUCACGUCGAACAAAUUCGGAAUAUGAAAUUUAUGUUGAUCUAGAAGCUGAUCGUAAUCGUGUCAAUGAGUCUAUGAAUCAAUUGAAACGUCAAGUAUCUUGUGUUCGAUUUGAUUUAAAUAAUUUAGCUGAAAGUAUAAGUCAAAAUAAUGACGAUGUUUUUACUACGAACAAUGAUGCUACUUCAAAUGGAAAUGAUGACCUAGAUUUACCACCGCCAUCACCCUUUCUGGAUAGGAACGGUGAACCGAUAUCGCGUCAAACUGCUUUCAGCCGACAUCUUUAUAUAUCGUCGAAAACAGACAUUUCAUUAUCCGUACUUUGUUACGAUGGGGUUUUAUGCUAUCUAUCGAAUAUACUUGGUCAAGACUCAUUAAUUGAAAUUGAAGAAAAUUUAAAACGAUAUUUUUCAACCGAAGAAAUCAAUCAAGCCUAUACGAAUUUAAAUAAUUGUUUAACGUAUUGCUUAUUAACAUUGGAUUUGAAUAAAGAUCAUGCUAUUUACAGUAUUAUUCAACAAUGUUCUACGGAUUUAACCAACUCAACGGGCUUAUUAUCAGUUAUGAAAACAAUACAUGGGAAUCAGUUAUUUUCUCGUUUACCAUUGUUUGUUACCAAUGAUUGGCUUCAUAUGAUUCGUGGUAUACAAAAUCUUGCAAAACUUGAAAAAGCAACAGAAUCAGUUGUUAAUCUUCAGCGACAAAUAUCCAAUUUAAAAGAAAAUCUAACACCAUUACAUCAACUUGUUCAAAAUAUUGAUCAAAUAUCAUCAACAAUAGAAUCUCCACCGUCCUCAUCACCCAACGAUCAAUGUUGUCUGCGUACAUAUUGCAGUCAUAAUUCGACUAUGUUUCAUGCAACAACAUCAAAUGAUUCGCCAUCAUCAUCGUGGAUUUCAUUGGAUGUCGAGACUAAUCCCGUGGUGAAGUUUACUGGUUUUAUUCGAAAUCCAGUUACAAAUUUUGUGAUGCCAAUAGGCGCUCCUCCUUCUGACGUAGCUUCAUCAACACAAUCUAUUGAUGAUACGAUAAGCAGUGAUGAUGAUCAAAAAUCAUCAUGGAGAUCAUUGAAUCGGAGUCUUUCUUCUCAUCCAUCAAUGCAAACGACAGGCUCAGUAAUUGUUAAACGUGAUGAUACAUUAUGGAUGUAUCCAGCUGGAGUUAAACAUCUGAAAUAUGGCGCAAUGUUUUCAUCGAUUCAUGCAAAUACAGAUGAUUAUGAAUUUGAACCAAUGCGUUCACGAGCAAACAGCUGCGAUGAUGCUUUUGCCAAUAAGAAAAAGCAAAACCUAUUCAUUUCUAAAAGCAUUAAGAGGCCGAAAAAAAAAUCAAUAAAGCCAACAAGAGUCGAAGCCGAAGAAACGCCUUGGUUUCCACGCCGAAUCGAUGAUUUGGAUCAAUGCUCAAAUAAAGUUCUUCUAUAUGGAUCAGAUCUUGAUGCUGAUCACCCAGGUUUUACCGAUAAGGUUUAUCGAGCUCGUCGCAUGUAUUUUCAUGAUGUAGCUAUUGCAUAUAAACAUGGACAACCAAUUCCACGCGUAGAAUAUACUAAAGAAGAAACAGAAACAUGGGGUGCCGUAUUUCGAAAUUUAAAUAAAUUAUAUCCAACACAUGCUUGCAAUGAAUAUUUGGCUAAUUGGCCAUUAUUAAGAGAAAAAUGUGGCUUUCGAGAAGACAAUAUUCCACAGUUAGACGAUAUAUCGCGUUUUCUUAGGGACCGUACUGGAUUUACAUUACGGCCAGUUGCUGGUUAUUUAUCACCACGAGAUUUCUUGUAUGGUCUGGCAUUUCGUGUUUUCCAUUGCACGCAAUAUAUUCGGCAUUCAUCAAAUCCAUCAUAUACACCUGAACCAGAUUGUUGCCAUGAACUAUUUGGUCAUGUUCCACUCUUAGCUGAUCCUAAUUUUGCUCAAUUUUCACAUGAAAUUGGUUUAGCUGCUAUUGGCGCAUCCGAAGACGAUAUCAAUCGAUUGGCAACAUGUUAUUUUUUUACUAUUGAAUUUGGUCUAUGCCGUCAAAAUGAUGGUCUUCGUGCAUACGGUGCCGGUUUACUUUCAUCCUGUUCCGAAUUACAGUAUGCAUUGAGUGAUCAAGCAAAAAAGAUACAAUUCGAUCCUGAUGUUGUAUGCAAAACAAAGUGCUUAAUAACAACGUAUCAACAUCAAUAUUUUGUUUCGGCUAGUUUUGUUGAAGCAAAAGAAAAAAUGAGACAAUUUGCCUUAUCAAUUAAACGGCCUUUUGCAGUACGCUACAAUCCAUAUAAUCAAAGUAUUGAAAUUGUUUCAAAUACUCAACAUGUCGCUCAAAUCAUAUCUGAUCUCAAAGGUGACAUUUGUAUUAUCUUUGAUGCGUUAAAAAAACUUGAAAAUAGUAUGAACAAUGACAAAUAA